CCUAACCUUACCCCCAAAACUUAAAAAUUUCCCUUCCCAGUUCCCACCAUUAAUAUUAAAAUCCGUUGAAUAUUUUCUUGAUCGAUAACCUCAGAGCAAAAAUCUUCACGUUUUCCGAUAUUGAGCAUUGUGAAGAAGAAAACAAGAAAAAUUAGGGUUUCCAAUUUUCUUUGAAGGCAAAUUAGGGUUUUCAAUUGAGUGGAAGGAUGAGAGAGUUGCGUCAAGGAGUUCGAAGAGGUCGUUCAGCAACAAAAGCAGCAAUUGAAGAAGUACAGAGAAGUCUAGCUGAUCAAGGUAGUGCAUCGGUGGUUCGAAGAACAAGGUCGUCGAUUAAGAAUAACAAACAAAAACCAGAAGUAGAGCAGCCACAACACGAUGGUCAUAAAUCAGUUCAAUUUACACUGCGGAUGGUGUUGGAUGAAGAAAAAGAUCCUGGGCUAGAAACUAGGUGUUUUGAUGAAAUUCGUGAGAAUGUCGUUGAGAUGGAGGAUUAUCUUGAUGCUGAAGAAAAUAUGGAAACAGGCAAUGCUCCUGCAGCUGAAGCACUGGAGGAGGAGGAGGAGGAGGAGGAAGCAAAUAGGACUCCUACUCCCUAUGAGGCUCUUACUGCCAAGAAGCCAUAUUUGGAGAAGGGACUGCGGAGGCAAACAAGACUGCUUCACGAAUCAUCAAGAAGCUAUGAGAUGGAUGGCGAAACACGGGAAGGAUCUGUUCCUCUUGCUGCUCCAGAGUGUGAAGUUACAGACCACAACUGUGAGAUGUACGAUCACAAACACAAAGGAUCAGUUCCUAUUGAUAUUCCAGAAUGUGAAACUGCGAAGGAUGUUGUGGUUGAUAGCAACAACAGUAAACAGAAGAAGAAAGAUAAGGUGGCUCCUACUUCCAAGGAGGCACCUGUGGGUAUAGCAGAGGAUGAGAUGCAUAGGACAACAAGAUUAUUAGGCAAAAGAAAAGCCUCGGGAACCAUCGUCGCCGAGCAACCCAACAUGGAAGAUCACCUUAUAGAAGCACCUGAAGAAUUUGAAUUAAGAGGCGCUGAAAAGCUUGUAAGUCAACGCACCUUCUUUCAGAAGCCUAAACGUCUAGGUCUAGCCCUUAAAAUUGCUGAUAAAUUGCAAGAGCAACGAAUGCUGAUGGAGAACAAGCGGCAAGAAGAGAGAAUGUCCUGCUUACGAGUGGAAGAUCAACUCUUGAAUCCUCAGAACAAGGUCUCACGGCUAGAGGAGACUCUGGCCAACAUCAUGCAAAGCAAGCCUAAACGUCAAGCCCUUAAAAUUGCUGAUAAAUUGCAUGAGCAACGUCAAUCCCUUAAAAUUGCUGAUAAAUUGCAUGAGCAACAAAAGCUGAUUGAGAACAAGUGGCAAGAAGAGAGAUUGUCCCGUUUACGAAUGGAAGAUCAACUCUUGAAUACUCAGAACACGGUCUCACGGUUAGAGCAUAUGCUGGCCAACUUCAUGCAAAACGGGAAGGCACCAACAUCGAUUUCUAACAAACACCCCUUAAAAAACUGUGAAAACUCGAGAAAGGAUCUUGCCUCGGUGUCCACCAUGCUCCCCACUAACAAUAACAAAGAUUUGGGGGUUGAGCCCGCAUCAACAUCAACUCUGGUCCCAGUAUACAACAAUGGGAAUUUGGGAAAAAGGGUUACAUCGGCUUCCAAUAGAGUCCCCACAAACAACAUAGAAUACUCGGGGAAAGGACCUGCAUUGACUUCCUCUAGGGUUCCCAUAAGCAACAAGGAAAAAUUGGGGAAAGGGCCUGCAUCGACUUCUACCAGGGUCCACCUAAAGAACAAUGAAAAUUUGGGAAACUCUCCCGCGUCAUCUUCUGAUAGAGCCAAUUCAAACAACUACGAACCUUCGACAUCAGGCAGAUCUCAGUCUAUGAUUUGGAGAAAUGAUGAGGAAAACUUACCUGUUGUUCAAGUAAAUCCAUCAAGGCAUGUCGCUAGAUCUGUGAAGGAUUCGAAUGUCUCACCCUUCCAGAGGUUCUAUAAUAGCGCGUCUCAAAGAUUGACCGGCAGCAUUCCUUUCAUAUCAGUACCAGUAGAUGCCGUGGUCUUUGGUACAGAAAUGGAACUUUAUCUUGAACUGGAUGAUGUUAGAUAUAUGUGCCAUAUGGAAGAUUCGUCUGAGAAUUGCGUCGUGGCAUACAUUAAGAACCUCUACGAUAUAUUAGUGGAGAGAGGGAUACAACACAAAUAUGGAUUUAUAAACCCGGCAUCAGUAAAAGCUGCAAAAGAUGCUGAUUUGUCAAAAAUAAUAACUUCAAGGUUGAUGAAUACAAAUUGCGAAUGGGUUUUCAUUCCCGUCAAUCCAGAGGGGGCACAUUGGCUUCUUGUCGCAAUAAAUAUGGUGGCUAUGAGUUGCUAUUGGCUGGACCCAUCGGGGCUCCCAGCUCGAUUCAACAUCAAACCCUUCGUCACUUUUGGUCUGAAAGGCUUGCAAAAAGAUGGAGUGAAGAGGUCAUCACCAAUUUGGUAUAAUGUCAAGUGUCCAAAACAGAAACAUAGCAUGGAAUCUGGGUUUUACAUAAUGAUGUUUAUGAGGGAGAUAAUUGAUGAGCCAAACAUGUUUACAAAGACUGAGCCUUUCUCUAAAUCUACGUAUGAGCAGGAUGAAAUCGAUGAAGUGAGACUUGAGUGGAUUCAAACAGUAGAUGCGUAUCUUUAGUUACAAAGUCAGGGUUUUGAAGAUCUGCAGUUCAGAUUGUCUUCAAUUAGAGAAAAAGAAAAAAUUGUUCAUUUUCUUUGUCCACCAAUGUCAGAACUCGCUGAAUAAAACCACAUUUGAGAGCUAAACUUGAUUUUGCUGUCACAUUAGUGCAGAUAUUGAACUCUAGAACUGGGUGAACAAAACCACAUUUAAGAGCUAAACUUGAUUUGCUCUCACAUUAGUGCAGAGAUAUUGAACUCAUACCCAUGGAAUUUGAGAAGCUGA